CCCCUCCCUCGCCGAGCCCUCCUCCGCCGGGUCGGCCGCUGCUGUAGAUGGUGAAGUCCGCUCCCUCGUAAGGAGCCGUCGGUGCAGACAAGUAGGCACCAAAGCAGGAAACUGGAGUAGUAGGGGGAGACACGUUCUGUGGGAGAGAAAAAUAUUCCAGCGUUUGCCCCACCCACUGCACACUUUUGGCUGAGGAACCUGCAGAGCCUGUCUGAGCUUGUCAGCAACCAAGGGUUUAGUGUAGGUUUAGUGCAAUGGCUCUGUUGACCCUGCACAGGAUUCCAUCUCUCUGCACCGCUCCAGAUGAAAGCUUCCAAAGAAGUCCGAGACUUCAGAAAAGGGAAAGCUUUGCCCUUGUGAAGGGGGCGGUGCUCCUGCUGGAAGAGGGCCAGGUGGUGGGCCUUCACGAGCAGACCUCUCCCACUGCGACUUCUCCCGGGAAGCAAGUCGGACGAGCGUCGGACACCCAGCACAGACACAUCCACGCCAUGCUCGAGCAGCUCAGACCAGAAGAUAACAUCCAGCUGGCGGUGCAGUUGGAAUCUGUUAACCCGACCAGAGUCAGGUAUCUUAUCAUGGUUUCCACCCUUGGCAGCAAACAGGAGAGCAUCCUGCUGGGCAUGGAUUUCCCCAACUCAGACAGUGAUCAGUGCACCAUCGGCUUGGUUCUGCCCGUAUGGAGUGACACGCAGGUGUAUCUGGAUGGAGACGGUGGCUUUAGCGUGACCUCAGCAGAAGAGACCAGGAUCUUUAAGCCUGUCUCCAUGCAGACCAUGUGGUCAGUGCUGCAGGCGUUGCAUGGCUGCUGCGAGCGGGCGGUCAAGGCAGCGGUGAUCCCGGGCUGCGGCCUGGAAUGGGCCGAGCACUACCACAAGCUCAUCGAGUCAGAUCGCUUCUGUCUCAAUGAGUGGGAGGCCAUGAACGACCUGGAGUCGGUCCGCAGGGACAUUAGUGGACAGAGCUCGGCAGACAGACUCUCCGACGAGACGCUGAUCAAAGAGCACCUGAGAGACAUUAUGAGGACCGAAGACCUGGACAACCUCACGUCGAAAAUGGUGCACUCCAGCCUACAGGCAAGGAUGGGCUUUGAUAUGAGACCUUACAAAGAGUACAUUGACAACGAGAUCCUGGUCACCAUGGCUCAGAUGGACAAACCCUCUAAAAUAUUCGACUAUCUUUAUCUGGGCUCUGAGUGGAACGCAGCAAACUUUGAGGAGCUGCAGAAAAACAAUGUCGGCUACAUUCUGAAUGUGACGAGAGAGAUUGACAACUUUUUCCCAGAAUCCUUCACCUACAUGAACAUCAGAGUGUACGAUGUCGAAGCCACAGACCUGCUCCCUCACUGGACAGACACAUACAAGUUCAUCAACACUGCAAGGAAGAGCGGACAGGCGGUGUUGGUGCACUGUAAGAUGGGCGUAUCGCGCUCUGCAUCCACGGUGAUCUCCUACGCCAUGAAGCAGCAGCGCUGGCCGCUGGAUGUGGCGUUGGCCUAUGUCCGGGAUCGCCGUUCCAUCAUUAAGCCCAAUGAAGGCUUCAUGAAGCAGCUCCAGACCUACAACGGCAUCCUCAAAGCAAGCCAGCAGCGUCACAGCAAACUCUGGAGGAGUAAGUCGAGAGAGCAGAGACAAAAGUCUGUAUGCAAAGAAGAGGGAGGAGGGGAAGGAAAGCCAGAAGAGGAAGAGGAGGAAGAGGAAGAGGAAGAGGAGGAGGAUGAGGGACUUCAUGAGGAGGAGGAGGAGGAUGAAGACAGUCCCGAUGAAAAAGAUUCAGGUUGCUCUGAGAAUGAAAAAGAUGAAUCAGAGGUGGAAACAGAGGUGUUUGAAGAACCCGUCCCCACGUCCGACACCAGUCAGGCACGUGGGCAGACAGAACCGUCGCGUGACAAUCCCAUAAUAACUGUAAAUGAACCAGAAAAGGUCGCUCCGAGUGUUAAUCGCAGCGGCAGGAUGAACCUCUUCUCCCUAAUGCAGUCCAUCAGUGAACUGGAUGACGGGGAUAAGGGACAGCUUCCUGGGAGUCCGAGGCGGUCUCCAGGACAACGGAGGCGAAGCCAGGCUCGGCGUGGUCUGAUUCACCAGAAGGCGUGUGUGGAUGUUUCACCUGAACCACGCAGCCUGCCUGACGCCGGUCCGAGCAAACCCUGAAGUGAAGGUGGCCGAGCAGGGAGAGGAGAGGAGAGGAGAGGGUCCUACACAGGAGGAAAAACAUGGUGGUGGAGAAACUCUGGAACAUGAAGCCUGAAGGAAAGUGUGCUCUAGUAAACAUGCCAAGGUUUUUAAUACACUGCUUUAUAGAUUAUUUAGAUGUUGAAACUUUGAAUUUAUGUUUUCAAGGUAAUUUUGAUCACAUCUCUCCUUUCAUAAUUAUUAGAACUGAAGGGUCACUGUUGAUAAAAACAUCUUGCUGCAAUAUUGCUAUAUCAGUAAAAGUCAUGAUAUCUUAUGAUAUAUUGUUGUUAUGGUUUAUUGUUUUGAGAACAUAUCCUACCACAUACUGACGUAACAGUGUCUUCCUCCAUGUAGCCUCCUCUUUCUCACCUCUUCCCUUCUUCAGCCCUCCACAGAUUGUAUCUAUGCAAUGACUCUUCUUUUACGGUUCUGUAUGAAUCAGGCUGUAUGCUGCCAAUCCAAAGUAGACGGUUUUAAAUGUUUUUUCAUAUCGUCUCUUUUUCUCAUCAGAAGUCAUUUUUUUAUGUAUGUUACUCACAGACGUGAGGACUUCACUAUGUCAAAGCUGUGCAUCAUGGACCAUGUUAGGGACAGUUUUUAAUGGCACAAGCCUGUUUUCCAAACUAUGUAUUCCAAUGUGCCAAUGAAAAAUAUUCAUCACAUCAUAAGGUUUAAAAAACAAACAUGUCACCCAUUUUAUUUUCAUUCAUUCCAUUUAAACACCAGCACUGAGUGCCUUUAACCUGAGAAUGAAAUACGACCCUAUGACUGGUGUUUUUCACGUUUUUAUUACAAGGUGGUUGCUGGACUUUGAAUGGAUCUUGUACUAGUUCUUCACUUGGUUUGAGUACAGUAUAAAUGUGACUUCUCCAAGGUUUUUCAUGUAUGCAUUAAGCUUAUAUAUAGAGUAUAUAUAUCGACACAUAAUUGAUCUUGAACUGGGUGCAUGUCAUGUGUUUUAUACCAGCCUGUGAGAUCAAAUCCUUCAUGUAUUUAUAUGGACAUUGAAUGGAUAAAUUAUUCAAUAUAUUGUUUUCAGAUUUAUGAGUACUAGAUGUUGAUGUGGAACAUUAUAUCACGCUGGCAUUAAUAUUUAUCCAGAGAACCCAAGCUACAGCUUACUUUACAUUUAACGUGCAUGCUCAGUGAAAAAACAAACAUGCACUUUAUAAUCUCAAAAACACACACACACACACACUGUUCCCACUGCCUGAGCCAACAUCACGCUGUAAUAUGUUCAAAAUGAUUGAUGAUCCUUUUUUUUUUUAAAGAGUUCUUUUUCCACGUCUCUAUGCCUUGUUGCUUUAAUAUCUCUGCUGUCUGCAUCUCACUCGUUUACAACAAGCACUAAGUGGAAAAAAUAAACAAUUACCCUCAAACAAA